CAGCUCCGCGCGACGCAGUCAGCAGUGUGGGGCUCCUGCAGGUACAGCAGCCGGCAGGACACAGCAGGACGAAGACGUAAGAAAACAAAAAGAUGAGCAGCCCACUCGUAUCAGUCCUCGUGUUGUGGAUAACAGGGAUGAUGGGUGUGACCAGUUUCUCGCUGGGCCUAGACGAGGACAAGCCGCCAUCUUACGUUCAAGCACGCGUCGGCGAGCACGCCAUCUUUGACUGCGAGCUGGACUUUCCUCCCUACAUCCCUUACGUACUGCGCUGGAACAAGGAGGGCAGGACAGUGUUCUGGGCAGACCGCGAGGACGAGCCGAGGGCUGUGGACGAGUACCGUGACCGCAUCAGUCUGGUGCCCUCCAGCUCGCCUUACGGCCGCGGCUCCGUCAACCUGACCAGCAUCCGCGAGUCGGACAGCGGCUGGUACGAGUGCAGCGUGUACUUCCCCAACCGCACGCCGUCCACCAGAGCGAAUGGCACCUGGUUCCACCUCUCCGUCGACGGAGGAACGCUACUCGCCAUACCACCUGUCAACCAGACCACCCUGGAAGGCGAGACGGCACACUUCUCAUGUGUUACCAAGGACCGUGAUGGCAUGGUCACAUGGUAUAAGGAUGCAGCACCGCUGGCCGAGGUGGUCGGGCUGAUAGAACGCACCCAUGUAGGCCCUGAGGGAUCGCUCACCAUUCACAACACCUCUAUGGACGACCUGGGGGAGUACCAGUGUGUGGUGACUAACAACGCAGGCGAGCGUCAGACAGCUGCUGCCUUUCUCAAUGUGCAGUACAAGGCGAAGGCGCUCCCCGGCCCCGCCGAGGUGUACCUGCCGCAUGGCCGGCCCGGGGUGCUGGAGUGCAACUUCCGCGCCAACCCGCCCCUGCUGCGCCUGCGCUGGGAGAAGGAUGGCUUCCUCUACGACCCCUACAACGUGCAGGGGGUCUUCUACAGCAGGAACGGCUCCCUCUACUUCAAGCAGGUGGAGGAAAGCCACGCAGGGGUGUACACGUGCACGCCCAUCAACGAGCUGGGCACAGAUGGGCCUUCACGGCCCAUACGUGUCAUAGUGCAGCGAGCGCCAAUCUUCACCCUCGUGCCGCAUAACUUGUACCUGAAGAAGAUAGGAGACACGCUGGAGCUGCCGUGCGAUGCCACAGACGGCGCCAAGGAGCACAGGCCUUCCAUCGUCUGGUUCAGGGACGGACACCCGUUGCCGCUGGACCGCAUCGUGAUGCAGAACGGCAACCUGACGCUGGAGCGGGUGCGGCAGUCAGACAGCGGCAUGUACCAGUGUGUGGCGUCCAACGAGGUGGCUACCAUCACGGCUGACACGGAGCUGGUGGUGGAGACCAAGUCCCCGCGCGCUCCACAUAACCUCACCGCCAGUGCCACAGCCAGCAGCAUAGCGCUUCGCUGGAUGCCUGGGACGGGCCGCGCCAGUAUGGACUACAACAUCUGGUACCGGCCGGCCGACACCCCCGAGUGGCGCACCAUGAAGAUCCUGACCAGAGGCGCCACGCAGGCCACCAUCGGCAACCUGGACCCGGGCCGCCUGUACGAGCUGAUGGUGCUGAGCCAGGACCAGCACGGCGACGGCAUGUUCAGCAAGGCGGUGCAGAUCAGGACCGCGAGUGAUGGCAGCGACAGCGACUCCGCGGCGCAGCGCGUGCGCCGGCCUCUGGGCUCGUUCCAGCAGAUCGGCCCGCCCAGGAACGUGAGCGUGUCGCCCGCCAAGGAGGGCUACCUGGUCACGUGGGAGCCGCCAGAGUUCGGCCAGGACGAGCUCCGAGGGUACGCCGUGCACUGGAGCCAGGAGGGCCGCGAGCACCUGCAGGGCCACAAGGAGGUGUCCGGGAACCGCUACUUGGUGACGAGCCUGGCCGAGGACACCACCUACCACUUCCAAGUGACGGCGCACUCGACGCGCGGCUACCAGGCCGCCAGCAGCCAGUACGUGCUGCACGUGCCCGGCUACCGGGGGAUCCGCGCCGUGGCGCUGGGUGUGCUGGCGGCGCUGGCGCUGCUGGUGAUGGCCGUGGGCGCGGCGCUCUACCUGCGGCGCCGGUACCUCCGGAGGCUGCAGCGGCGCGAGAAGGAGGACUCCAGCAGCUAACCGCGUCCCGCCCGACCUCACGAACUACACGAGACACGACGCCAGUCUUUCCUGGCUUUCGUUCCGGCUUGGCUGCAUUUCAACACAAGUCUUCCGGAACCUAUGUGCAUAGAAGCUCACCGUGUUAUUUUUAUCAUGUUAACACUCGUCAAUUGAAACAACUUUUUGAAUAGAGUUAUUAAAAAUUUCUUUAACUUUUCAGAUGCAUAUUUUAAUUAUAAAAAAAGCCUAAGGUACAAGUAUGUUUCUACUGUUUUACAAUUUGCGAUUUACUUGCUUUGUAAUAAUUGUAAUUUUCUUGUAUUUGUUAAGUGUUACGCUGUUGCAUCGUUGUGUUUCUUGUAUGGUUUAUAAACCCAGCCUUAAACCGCGUGUUUCAAAAUUAGCGCUACAGAUUUUUAUAUUUUACCGCUGAAAAAAUGCACUGGAUUCUUUAAAAACAAAAUAAUGUCGAUGGUGUUUUUUUUUUUAAUUUACCAUACAGAUAUCAGUGACGAUCAAAAUAUGACUGACUGAAAAAAGCUGUGGAUACUAUGUUAAAAAUAAUCCAAAAUACUAUCCAGUAUGAAAAUUUUUUAAGCCACAGUUGUAUUUGUUGCUAAAGUUUAUGUAUAUAAAAACCUUAACAUAUAUUAUUUAUUCCUGCUAUUUUUAAAGUAGAUGAUUGUUUGCCUCUGCAUUUGCUGGAGCUGCCACUGUUGCAAAGAUGGAAAUCAGGUCACAAGUCGCUGCAGUCGAGUGGCUAUUUUUUUACAAGAUUUAGGGGGUUUACUGUCCAGUUUGUUCUCCUUGGAAUAGUUGUGCUGACAGUAUCCAUAUCUUUAACAGUAUUACGCUUUCUAAGCACAAAAAAAAAAUUGCAUUUGUUGAAGAAGUACCAUAAAAACCACUGGGUACUAAACUAAAAAGGACAAUUUACAUAAAUAGUUAACAAAAAACAGUAAUGGAAAAAAAAUUGCAUAAAUACAUUCUUUUAGAGUUGUUUGAAAACCUAUUUAACUUUUUUUUAAUUUAUUUGUGUUUGGAGAAAAUUUUUAAUUUUUAUUAUUUUUUUUAAAUUAGUUGCCUACUCCAAUUAUCAAUUUUUUGCUGAGACACUUAUUAAAAAGUUUAAUCACUUGCUGUAUCAAAAAAAAAAAUUACUUUUCAUAUUCAAAUAAUAUGGUUCGCUUAAACUGCCUUGACUAACGCUGUUAAUGUGAUAGAUUUUUGCUAUGUCACAUAUUUAGAGAAUUAUUGAUUUAUAGGUACAACAACUACAGCAUUAAAUUGUUUUGAUGAAUUACUGAAGUUGUUUAAGCGCACGUGUUUAGUUAAAAUUGAUGUUUUAAUAACUGUAACACAUGCUGUAAAGUUAAUAAAGAUUUUUUUCUUGAUUUGCUAUUGUUUGGAGAAAAAUAUUUGUUUUUAAAUAUGUAUUUGAAAAUAAAUACUCAUGUCACUCA